AUGGUCGGCCGGAAAGUGCUGAGUGGUGAAAAAAGUGAUCGUUGCGGCGGUGAAGAGAGCGGUUCAAUCCGCCAACUCAGAAUACAGAAAAAGAUGGGUUUUUUCAAGAAUGCAGUUAAAUUCAUUUGUGCUUGUGGGAAUCAUGGAGAAAUUGGGAAGCACAAAGGAGGACCUGGAUCUAUGGCACCCGUAGGAGUGCGUCUGACCAUUCAAAAUCGCUAUGCAGUGAUGGAUAAUGGUUUUGUACAAGUGACACUUUCAAAUCCAGAGGGAAUUGUCACAGGGAUAAGCUACAACGGUGUUGACAAUUUGCUUGAAGUACUCAAUGAAGAAUCUAACAGAGGGUACUGGGAUGUUGUUUGGAGUCCAAUAGUAAAUGGCAAAUCAGGACCAGGAAUUUUUGAAGUGAUUAAAGCAACAGAAUUCAGGGUUGUAGUGGAAAAUGAAGAUCAAGUGGAAUUGUCUUUCUCAAGACCAUGGGAUCCGUCCCUCCUGGGCAAGCUGGCACCAAUAAACAUAGAUAAAAGGUUUAUACUACUUCGUGGUUGCUCAGGCUUCUACUCUUAUGCUAUUUAUGAACAUGUCAGAUCGAUCGACUGGCCUGCUUUCAGCCUGGGUGAAACAAGGAUCGCAUUCAAACUUAGAAAAGACAAGUUUCACUAUAUGGCUGCCUCCGACAAUCGGCAAAGGUUUAUGCCUCUACCAGAUGACAGAUUACCUGGAAGAGGCCAACCCCUUGCGUACCCAGAAGCAGUCCUACUUGUCAAUCCUGUGGAGCCUGAUUUUAGAGGAGAGGUGGAUGACAAGUACCAGUACUCAUGCGAGAACAAAGACCUCAGGGUUCAUGGAUGGAUAUCUAUGAACCCUCCUGUAGGGUUCUGGCAGAUCACACCCAGUGAUGAAUUUCGAUCUGGUGGGCCUGUAAAACAAAACCUUUCCUCCCAUGUUGGCCCCACAACUCUAGCUAUGUUUCUUAGCAGUCACUAUGCCGGGGAAGAUCUGACACCAAAGUUUUUCCAGGGUGAGCAAUGGAAAAAGGUUUUCGGACCUGUUUUUAUCUAUCUUAACUCUGUGAUGCCUGGAGAGGAUCCAAUGACACUAUGGGAUGAUGCAAAGAUACAGAUGUCUACCGAAGUCCAAAGCUGGCCAUAUACUUUUCCAGCCUCAGAGGACUUUCCUUCAUGUGAUCAACGGGGAAAUGUUAGUGGUACACUGUUAGUAAAGGACAGGUACAUUAGCAGUGACUAUAUACCUGCAAAUGGUGCAUAUGUGGGUUUGGCCCCACCUGGAGAUGUAGGAUCCUGGCAAAGAGAAUGCAAAGAUUACCAGUUUUGGAGCAAGGCAGAUGAAGAAGGAAACUUUUCCAUAAAUAAUGUAAGGAAUGGUGACUACAAUCUCUAUGCUUGGGUCCCUGGAUUUGUUGGAGACUACCGAAAUGAUGCUGUCAUCACCAUAACCCCAGGUUGUGAUGUGGAUAUUGGUGAUAUCGUUUAUGAGCCUCCUAGAGAUGGUCCAACAUUGUGGGAAAUAGGUAUUCCAGAUCGCUCUGCUGCAGAGUUUUACGUUCCUGAUCCCAACCCAAAGUAUAUCAACAAAGUUUUGCUCAAUAGCAGUGCUGACAGAUUCAGGCAAUACGGAUUAUGGGAGAGGUAUUCGGAGAUUUAUUCUAAUGGAGAUUUGGUAUACACUGUUGGCCAGAGUGACUACAGGAAAGACUGGUUCUAUGCUCAGGUUACCAGAAAGAAAGAUGAUAAUACGUAUCAAGGGACCACCUGGCAGAUCAAAUUCGCCCUCGAUGAUGUUAACCUAGGAGGAACUUAUAAGCUACGUGUGGCGAUCGCGUCUGCAACUUACGCUGAAUUGCAGGUUAGGGUCAACAAUCCAAACACACCACAGCCGCUGUUUACCACCGGAUUGAUUGGAAGGGAUAACUCGAUCGCGAGGCACGGGAUACAUGGGCUUUACUGGCUCUACAGUGUGGAUAUUCAAGGUGCUGUACUAGUGAAAGAGGAUAAUACCAUUUACUUAACACAGCCAAGAAACAAUGGUCCUUUCAUCGGGUUCAUGUAUGAUUAUAUACGUUUAGAAGCUCCUCCUAGCUAA